AUGCCACUCUUCUUUCUGCUCCUUCUCUCCCCGCUCCCAGGACUGGCGGAGCGCAGCCACCAAGAAGACUUCCGUUUCUGCGGUGAACGAAACCAAACAGAGAACAGCUCUGUCAUCUAUGAGCAUGGUCCCCCCACCAUCUCCAUCGAGAACACGGCCCAGGCACUCAUAAUAAAAAGGCCCUUCUUGCCCAACCACAGAAACACUUAUUGCAAGUACAACUUGCCUCUGCCUUUGGGCAGGUACCGUUUCUGUGUCUACUGGUUCAAGCCCAAUAUGACCCUCAAACUUGUGUAUGGAAAGCAGCACUUUCUCCUGAGAAAAGACCUGUCUUGUAACAACAUACGGAGCAAAGAAAACCAGAAGACUGAAAAGAACAACAGCUCUAUCUUCAACGUUUCCUAUAUUAUGAAGGGCACGAAGAACACGUCACUUGAGAGUAGACCUGAUUUCUUCUUCCCUGCCACUCCGGAAAACAUGCCCGUCUGGGAGGAAGACGUGGAGAAGGAGCUGAGCGACCUAGACAGGCUCAUGGGGAGGUCCCCUGCAGCGGCUGCGGGAGCCCCGGUGCACAGGACCUUUCGCAACAAAUUGCAGGAGUUUGAGAAGAAGCUGGCCAAGGUGGAGUUUGAAGGGCAGAACCGAACUUUUGGGCAGGCUGCCAUGCACGCCACUGUCCUGAGGAUCGAACCUGGUCACGCUCCUCAAGACAUGGCCUUUGCUUCCCAGAGAGAGGAGGGCAAAGAGGUUCAUAGCUUCACGGUGGACCUGCCAAGCAGCCUGUUCAUGAAGGUGAAGGACAAGGAGGACAUGGUGGAGCACAGGGUGCUCCUCAUGGAUAUCAACAGUCAGACCAUGUUCCAGGAUGAAAACAGCAGUCGUGUCCUGGGUGACAAGGUGGUUGGCAUCUCCCUGGUGGACACAGUUGUGGCCAAUCUCUCUGAUCCCGUGGUCCUCACUUUCUUCCACAACCAGCUGCCGAGGAACGUGACCCCGCUGUGUGUCUUCUGGCAGGAGGAUGCAACAACAAAUGUUGGUAACUGGAACAGCUACGGUUGUACAACAGUGAAGGGGGAUAAACGGACAGACUGCAGAUGCAACCACCUCACCUACUUCGCUGUACUGAUGGUAUCCUCCCCAGAGAUCACCUAUAUACACAGGGCUUACCUGAGUAUCAUAACGUACAUUGGCUGUCUUAUCUCAGCGUUGGCAUCCAUCUGCACCAUCUUCUUCCUUUAUUUCAGAAGCAAGCAACGAGACCAAAUCACAAGCAUGCAUAUCCACAUGAACCUGCUGUGUGCCAUCUUCCUCCUGGACAUCAACUUCCUCAUCUCGGAGCACUUGGCUUCCAGCAGCAGCGAGGCAACCUGCAGAGCUGGGGGUCUGUUCCUGCACUUCUCUCUCCUGAGCUGCCUGACAUGGAUGGGCAUCGAGGGCUACAACCUCUACCGACUUGUGAUUGAAGUCUUCAAUGCCUACCACAAUCACUUCCUCCUCAAGCUCUGCCUAGUGGGCUGGGGUGUCCCCUUCUUUUGCGUGACGUUGAUCUUCUUUGCUAACUGGACGAACUAUGGCCCAUUCUCCAUUCCAGUCUAUGAAUCCAUUGGUGGCAAAUCCACCAACGCAACCAUGUAAGUCAUGGGAAAUGGGUUACUUGGUC